CCCAGGCGGAGGCAAGUUAUUCGGUCAAGUCAACCACAGUCCACAGACAUAGAGCGUCUCUCUUCCUCAUCGCCGGCGGGCGCAGGCACACCUUCCACCUCCAUCCCCUCGAGACCGAUCCUUGCCAUGGGCACGGACUGGCGGCCCAUGCAGGGGUCCAACCCCCUCGCCAGCGUCGACCCGGACUGGCGUGCCCAGCUCCAGCCGGAGACGCGCAACAGGAUCGUCAGAAGGAUAUUGGAAACUCAUCCGCCAGUAUCAAAGCCAACGGGAUUGAACGAACUUCAAAGAAACGCCGUGCGGUUCGAAGAGGAGAUCUAUACCACAGCGACCAACCAGUCUGAUUAUUGGCGGGAAAUCUGUCUGAAAAUGCUCUCUAUGGAGACAAUGCCAGAACAGGCUCCUGGAAAUUCUCAAAACAACCCUGGUCAAGAAUCUGUGGACAAUAGUGCUCAAACAGGCCAAGCAGGUGUAGGUAAUUGGCAAGAGGAGAUAUAUCAAAUGAUUAGGAGCUUGAAGGAAAAGUACUUUGCGGAACUCAAUGAAUUGUUCAAUAAGAUCUCUGCGAAAAUACAUUAUGUUGACAGCAUCAUACCACCUCAAAGGCCAUCUGAGGAGUACGAAAGAAUGAAGAACUUUAAAAUAAUGUUGGAGCGUAUAUUACAAAUUCUGCAAAUUAGCAAGAGUACUCUCCAACCUGCUCUGAGGGACAAGCUUCCUCAUUACGAGAAACAGAUCAUCAGCAUCUUGAAUUCAUAA